AUGGGGGGGGGGGGUAUCACACAGGCUGCUGCUGCUGCUGUUAGUGGCUAAGGCAACAAAGCUUCCUGAGCAAUCGACUGUGAUGACAGGACACGCCCGUGGAGGGCUUCCUGUCGUGACCAAGGGCCGGGACACGUAAAGAAAACCCAGCUAGGGGGGAUGUCUGCUCUGCGGAACAUAGAAGACACAUCUGUCACCGUGGGACACACGCGCUCCCACUGGAAGUCCGGCAAGCAAGCCUCAAGGUCACGGUCCUCCCAGAUGGCUGCAAAAGUUUUCUCAGUCUGCACCAAACUGAGUCAGUGUAUCGUCCUCCUUCAGGCUGAUGGACUUGUUACCCCAGGGCUGGGAAUAGGGAGAGCGGAAGGCCUCCUCUGCCCGCCCCUCCCCCCAGGGGGCUGCCUCAGCUGCAGAGAGAGGCCUCACCAAGGGCAGUCCCCCCUCCCAGGGUGGCCCGUCACCCCUGACCGGCUGUCGCAGGCUCCAAAGCCCCGGCAUCUCCUUGCCACCCUGGAGAGCAUCCUGUCUUCAGAUCUCUGCAGGCCUGAGCUUCCUGUUGACCUGUCCUUCUCUUCCCGGCUUGGUCCCCGGGCAUGUUAGGCCUCCCGUGCUAACCUCCACCUCAGAAUCUGUGCCCCCACAAACCCGACCUGCCACACUGCAUUUUUACAAGGUGUCCUCCUUUCUUCGUUGUUUAUUAACUAUACACAGCCUGUGGUGAUUGUUUUUCCGUGGCUCUUCUAAUGACAAUUAUUCUUAAAAACGUGCUUGAUUACUGUGGUCUUUGGACAAAUGCUUGGGGAGUGAUUAUGGCAGGCUGGGAGCUGGGGACAUGGGGUGACUGGGGUGGGGAGACUCCCCUCCAGCCUCCCCGAUCCUCUUCCCCCCCCCCCCUGCCAGUUAUGCUCCCCCGCUUCAUUCUUUCCCACCCUUGCCAGAAUAUUCCCUGAUUCCCUGCACCUCUUCCUGGAAAUGACUCUCCCUCUCUCUUCUCCUCUGCCCCUCCAGUCCCCACACAACCCCCCCAGCUCCCAGGCAGGCCUGGACAAGAAGGCUCAGACCACUGGGCACCUCCAAAGGUCCCCUAACUGGGACACUCCCCGUCAGCCACUGCUUUACCGGGCGGGGAGGAGGUAGCUGAGGGCUGGGAGGAAGUGGUCAGCUAGAGGGGAGAAAGAAAGGAGAAACAGGUUCUGCUUUCACCAGAGUUUCUUCCUGGGCUUCCACAGCUUUCUACAUCCCAACCCCAGUGCGACAAGGAGGAAGAGGCUGAGCACAAGAGAGCCACAGCAGUAGACGCAGAGUCCCCUGGAGCCUCAGUCCAGUCUCGGGGUUGUCGCCUUUUGGGGCUCACGUGUAGCACCUGCAGCGGGAAGGUCCCCUCCUCCCCGGCCUCCUCCUGCCCCGUUGGAGCACGCUUCUUCCCCCGGACCAGCGAGGGUGGCUCUGCUGAAUCCCCACCCCUGUCCCCCAGAAGCCAGAAGCUCCCUGUCCUCGGGACUUCCCUCUCCCACCCCGGCUCAAGAAGAGGGCCCAUGGCCGGGGGGGGCACACACCUGCUGCUCUCUGUCCUGAUUCUCCUGGCAUCAGGUGAUGAGGACCGAGGGAGGGAACAGGGCAAGAGGAGGGGGAGGUGGCCGGGUGAGGCAGGCCAGAAGGGGACAGGGGCGGGGUGGGGCUGUGGCCUGAGGCUGCCUCUGGGGCCCUUUCUGAGGAGGAAGGCACCUAUCUCCUGGCCCCGCAGUGGCAGAUGAACUGCUCCCUGACCCGAGUUUCUUUUCAGGUUCCUGGGAACAGAAGUCACUGUUGCUGCACAAACUGGAAGGGGAGACGGUCUCUGUGAAGUGCCUGUACCCGCCCUGGACAGGUUCAAACGUGAUGAGAGUCUGGUGCAGGGACAUGGCAGCAGAUACUUGUAUCGUGUUAGCCUCCAACACCAGGCUCCCGAGAGUGUCCGGAGAUCCUCGAAACUCUCUUCAGGAUUAUUCCAGUUUAGGCUACUUCGUCGUCACCAUGACUGAGCUCAGGGUGAAGGACUCCGGAUUUUAUUCCUGUGGAUUCUACAAAUCCUCACAGAUCUCUGUUCUCAGAAAAUUCCGUCUGGUGGUAUCUCGGGCUACAACCACGCUCACCACCACGAGCACCAGGGGCACCACAGCCUGGACCUCCGCCGCCAGCCCUGUCACCGACAGCUCUGAAAGCAAUUGGCAUCUCAUCAUUCCCACCUCGACGGUGGCCGUCCUGCUGUUGCUGGUGCUCAUGGUCCUCAUGAUCCUGUACUUCAAGAAAGCCCGAGGAAGUGCCGGGAAAGGUGAGGACAAACUCCACAUCUAUGACAACAUUUCAGUCCAGAGGGAAAAGACCACUGAACACCGGAAAGACUCCUCGUCAGGGCAGAGGCGAUCUCAGGUUUCCUGGGGCUCCAAUCAACAGAUGGGCUCUGACGAGGACUCUGGGGCCAUUUGCUAUGCUUCACUUACCCACCUGAACAACUUUGACCUUGAGGACUCCAUCUAUGUCAACACCCACCCCAACCUGAGGCCCAUGCCUGACCCCCUUCUGACUGUGGAAUAUGCCAGCAUCUCUGGAAGCAGACCCCAGCCCUCCAACUUGACUGCCCUGGAGGGGGAAACUCAGGAGCUGAAGGCAGACUUCACUGGGCAGUGAGCACUCAACAAGUACCUGUGAGGCGUGGGGUUGCCCUACCAGUGAUACGGGGACUUUGGUGGGACAAAGAUGGUCCCAAACCAGCAAAAGGUCAUCCCUUCCUACAAAGGAGGUGAGGAAGGGGGAGGAGAAGAAAGUCCUUACCACUCCAGAGGAGAGAAGCUUUGAGUCUAAAGGCUGUGCUGGGCAGGCUCUGGGGCCCAUAGAAGGGGUUUCUAGACACCUGCCUGCUCCCCUCCCCAGGGUCUAGGAGGAGGGCUAUUAGAGCAAAGUCCAAUUACAUAGGGUCUGGAUCCCAGUGCCUCUGAGUGACCCAAUGUUCGCCCCACUCUGUGACCCUCACUUCCUUCCUGACCAGGGGCUGUGAAACCCUGACACACUGUGCAAGUUCCUCUUUGGUGACUCUCCUCAUGAAACUCCCCCUCCACCCCCAACUACCUCUCAGGGCUGCUAAGCCAGGCUGGAAAGUUCUUUUCCUCCACCAGAGCUCCUUCCUGACCUCCUGAUUUUGAUUCUCACAAAUGACCCUGCCAGUAUGUGGGCAGUGUCCUCCACUCAAGAGUCCCUCCUAACACUUGGCCUUGCUGGGCAGGGGUGGGAGGCAUGAGAGCUUCCUUCCUUAUAGUGGCCCCUGCAGCCACUGUAGGGAACUGACCUGGGCUCCCUCCCCUUCCAUGGAAACCAUCAACUCCCUUGCUAGCUUCAUCUCCAACAGAGCAGGCUGAGGGCCACCUCCUGCUUUGCCCACGUACACUUCCACAGGGCUCUUACGGAGACAUGGGCCCUCUUAUUCUGCACCUCCAAGGAGUGACUCUGGAUUGUGGGAAUUCUAGGCCAUGGGGGCAGAGGGUGCUGUCCUACCAUGUCAUGGGAAAGAUUUCUUGAAUUGCCGAUUCAUUACUUCUCAAGGGUGACAUUUAAAGAUCAUCAAAUCCAACUGCCAGUGGGAGGCCAGAUUCCUUCUGCAAAAUUCCAGUGAGUCAUACAGUGUCUGUCCCAAUCUCUUGGAGGACAGGGGAUUCACCGCUUAUUGGUCAGUGUGAAUGGUUUUGUCAGACAGGAACUUGUUUGCCAUCAGUCACAGUGAGACAUCAGCUUCGCCUCCAGGAUGGGACCUGAGAGUGUGGCUGCUUCAGGGCCAGGAAGGGAGAGGGGUUGGAGAGGAAAAGGGUGGGUGGUCUGAGGUCUGGCAGGCUGGGGUGUGAUGAUGAGGUCUUCUUCAGGGAGGAAGGCAAAGUAAUUCCUUGUCACUUGUGACAUCCCAGGUUCUCAGUGUUGAGGAUGUGGUUCUGUCCCGAGUCUGUGGCUGUUGGGGACAUCUGGGAACAACCCCGAGUUGAAAGAGGUGGAGAGCAGGAUGUUCUGAGCAUCACCUUGGCUCCUCAGGUCUCUUCCCUGCCCUUCCAGUGCUCCAGAUUUGACUACCAGAGGCUGGGCACCUGCUGUAUCCUGACCUCUCACCCUACCCGGCCUUGCUCUGAGAGGGCCAUCAGCACUGACCUACGGCCUCAUUAGACCUCUGGUCCUCUGUUGUGCUAGGCUCCUGACAGUGCCUCUUGGUCUAUAUUUUAGUCUACAAACCCACUGGGGGAGCCCAUCUUCACCAUGGUCUUCUCGACUCGGGUUUCCUGGCUAUAACACCACGAGCCAUCCCAGGGGUCAGGUUCCUCCCGCCACUGUCCAAAGCUAAAGGAUUUACUCAGACUAGAACCCCUGGAGUUAUAGGCAUUACACAGUAUUUAUAGGGGCCUGCUGACCUCCAGCCACUGCUCAGGGGCGGUGAUUAAGUCUAGUAAGCCAACAAUUAUGGAGUGUUUCUUAUAGCCACAUUCCUCUACAUACCUUAAUGACUUAAACAACCUCAUGAGGUAAGUGCUUUCCCUUCAUUUUAAAGAUGGGGAAAUUGAGACGCAGACAGUUCAGUAAUUUCCCAAAGUCUUAUAGCUAAUAAAUGGUGGAUCCUAGACCUGAAAUUUUAGCCACAGUGCUUUUGGGUCCCUGUUCCCAUUGCAUGUACGCACGCGCGCACAUGCACAGUGGGUAGACGUAUGACAAAAUAGUAACAGCAAGCAAUCAUGGCAAGAGCUGAAGAAUGCUAACGGUGCUAGGAGAGGAUGGGAAGCGUGACCUUUUCUGAUAGAACUCCAGGAGCCAAGAAGGGAUGGUAGGGCUGUGGCUGAUGUAGCUGGGGAGUUUGAGGAGAGGGAUUCUUGAUUAACCAGUGUCCCCAGAUAAAAAGGCCUGGGUCCCUCCUGCCCGCCGUGCCCCAGGGAGGGGACCACCCCUUCUGCCACCCAAGGCUCAGGCCCCACAGGAGAGAGAUGCUCUUCGACCUUUGGGACACCAGCAGGCUUUAGGCACCAUCCUCGGAGGGCCUGCCAGUUGGACCCUCCCUUCACCUUGCCCCCCACUAUGCUCUUUAUGCAUGCCCCACAGUAUGUCAAUGUUUUGUUCAUCGACUUGUCUGUUUUCUGUUUUGGUCAGUGUUUCAAGCCACUAAGGUUUGGGAUAGUUUGUUACCAAUAAACAAUAAAUAAUCAAACUGAAGAACCAAGACAAAGUUGAAGAACAAAUGGAAAAGGAGAUGGUCUCACCUGACCGGAAACCAAGACUUAGUGUGAUGUUCUCACAACCACAGUGUGAUCCUAGACUAGAAAAUCGACCAGGGCAACAGAAUUGGGGGGUGAGAAGUGGGAACCUGAUUUUCUGCCAGAGCAGGCAUAUGAAACAGGGGCAGAGGAGAGGAAUAUGCCAUGGUCCGGGAGCAACCAUCUAUCCAUAUGGGGAAAAUAGAAAAUUAGAUUCCCGCCUAUGUCUUACACAAGAAUGAAUUCCAGGUGGGUUACAAAUCUCCAUGUCAAUAGCUGAGCAAUAAAAUGUUUAGACAAAAA